UUUAGAAGAAUUUAAAACAUGGGAAGAACGUGAUGCUGAACGACCAAUAGGUGAUAAAUCAAAAAUGAAAUCAACUAUAAUAGAAGAAAAAACUAUGACGGAUGGUCAUGAUCGUUUAUCAGGUAAACAACGUCCUAGUCAAGAAUAUGAUACAACAACUGGUAAACAACGACGAUCAGAAUCAAGUACACGUUUACCAAUAAUAAAAGAAGGUUUCUUAACACGAAAACAUGAAUGGGAAGGAUAUGAACGUAAAGCAACACAUCGUACAUGGGAAAAAUAUUAUUGUGUAUUAACAAGCAGUCGUUUGUCAUUCUAUAAAGAUGCAAAACAUUUAAAAACAGGUCGUCAAGUUAGUGAUGAUCUUAUUUUAGAUGUAUCAGCUAAUGUUGCACCAGCAGUUGAUUAUCAUAAAAGACAUAAUGUAUUUCGUUUAAAACUUCAAGGUGGUAAUGAAUAUUUAUUUCAAGCACGAGAUAAUAUUGAAAUGAAUGAAUGGAUCAUGACAAUUAAUAAUUCGAUUAAUUCAUCAUCAAUAACAAGUAGUGCAACAACAUCACCAACAACACAAAUUCCAUCAAUUGCUUUAACUUCACCACCAACAGCAAGUUCAUCAUCGCGACAGGUAACAACACCUGCUAUGAUAUCAAGUACAUCAGGUGUUGAAAUGUCUCAAUCAUCUUCGGAUCAAGAACCAAAAUCACGAACAUUACCAGUACGUUCAAGUUCAUCAGUUGAACCUGGUUCAUCACAACAACCACCAGCUGUGAAAAAGAAAUCAAAUCGAUUAUUUUCAUCAAAACGAAAAUGA